CUGUUGACCAGUGUCUUAACUUAAGUGCGCAUGCGUAGAUGUUAAGAUUUCCCACGUAUAUGUUUGAAGAGCUUUACCAACAAAACACCGUUAUAAAGGGCUUUAGAGUUUUAUUUGUACGUGUCAAUAAUAGAGGAAUUUAGGUCACGAUUAAGCUCUUUCAAAGCGUCUUGUAGAACUUGCUUUAGCUCUUCGAGGUAUUAGCCGGGGUAUUAGCUACAGUUGGUUGACGUCACGACGCUGUUGAAGGUGUGAACGUACGCGAGUUAGUCCAAAAGCAAAAGACCAAAAUGACAGAUCCUGAUGAUAUUGAAUUAGAAGAUGUGAAGGAAGUCUUCGACCUGUUUGAUUUCUGGGAUGGUCGUGAUGGAAUGAUUGACGCCUACAAAUGUGCAGAUCUGAUCAGGUGCCUCGGCAUGAACCCAACCAAUGAAAUUGUAAUCAAAAAUGGCGGAACCAAAAAGGAAGGUGAGAAACAGUACAAAUUCGAAGAGUUCCUGCCAGUUUACCACGCCGCCUCAAAAGAAAAAGACACAGGAACCUAUGCAGACUUCAUGGAAGCAUUCAAAACUUUCGACAGAGAAGGACAAGGUUUUAUCUCAUCAGCUGAAAUGAGACACGUACUAACGUCCUUAGGCGAGAGACUCACAGACGACGAGGUAGAUAUCAUAAUAAAGUGCGUCGACCUACGUGAAGAUUUGGAAGGCAACGUCAAAUACGAGGAAUUUAUCAAAAAAGUCAUGGCUGGCCCACCAGAGGCCAACUAAAUGCGCAUGCGCAUUAAAGACCUGCCGCAAGCACCACUAUGACGAUAUGAUGUGUAUUUGGGUAACUCAGUAUUCAGGACGGCUAAAUAUUCUUGGUUGUAUUUGCAUAACACACUAGUAAAGUGCUGCUGAAAUAGAAUGUAGAGUACAUUAGGACUGAACAGUGAAUUUCAUCCUCCUGAAAUUAUGAGAAUAUUUUCACACGUGGAUAUUGACUGACGGAAAACGGCCAUCAAUUCUUGAGUCAUUACUGUACAUUAUUCUUUUCUAUUCCAUUCUGGAUUGAAUUAGUUGUAAUAUGCGUUUAUAAUAUCCAGUAGUGUUUUUCUAUUAUAGUUUGUGUUUGAAUAUUUAUCAGUCCUGAUUAUACAAAUCUCGUUUUCAUGAACUAUCGCGAGAGUGAGAUUUGAAACUUUCUGAUGCCCUCUUUUGCAAAGCAUCAAACGGACAUUUCCAGCGAUGCCAAUAUUCCAACUUUUAAAUAGGAAUGUGGGGCCUGUCUAAAAUGCGGAAUAUUGUGGAAUGAGAUGUCGUCUGCGCUGGAAGCAGUUGCGCACGCACACACAGGAAGGAAACGCAAAGGAUAAAGCAGGUUUUGAGCUUACUCAACUGAGGACAUUGGAAAACUAUGUUUUAAAACGAGAAUCUUGACAGUAUAUUCCUAUUAACCUAACAACUUUUGGAUGCAAAAUUGUGGUACCGAUAUCUGAAAAAAUGUAAACCUGUUUGAAUUUUACAUGUUUUGGAACACUGUAUCUCCUAACAAUAGUGCAAUAACAUUGAACAAUAAAAUCUGACCUCCACUU